AUGGACAUGAUUGCGGCCUUGAACAAGCCCGACUUUGGAAACUUCGCGCGUGCAAGCAAGUCGCCUGCCUGCGGACAGUGUCUGCAGGUAGUUGGGCCUAAUGGCACAGUUACUGUGCAGGUCGUCGAUAUGAUGGAAUGGGUGGAGGAGAAGAUGGCGAAGGAUGAUUGGAAGGAAAAGUAG